UUAUAUGAGCCAGUCCCAGAAAAACAAGCUCACCAAGAGAGAACUUCUGGUAGAACUGACUCUCUUUUCUCACUCUCUGGGGAAAAUGGAAACUUACACAACAAUGUCUUCAUGGAAGUUUCUCAUUUUGAGAAUGCAAAACCAAAAAGAAAGUCAAUCCGGAGAUCUAUGUCUGAAAGCAAAGUAUUUGAGGGAAAAACUGUGAAUGACACAACUUGGCAGGAACCCAGCAAGCCUGAGAAUGAUUCCCACAUCACAAGACUCUGUCAGCUAAAAGAUCUAAAUGAAGAUGAUUUUCUUUUGAGUAAUAAUACACAUAUUCUUCAAGGAAAAAAUCUACAAGGCAUUUCUUAUCAGGCCAUAAAAUCAGGUGAUGACCCCGUGGAAUCCGUGGGCACCUUAAAGAGACUACAGAAACUGGUUUGGACCAAGAAAGCCAGGGUGCCGAGUCUGAAUGAGAUGAAACCUACGUCAAUAAAUCUCCAACCAGACUCAGAGGAAGAGGAAGAGAAAGAUAUGGGUAAAGCUCAGCAACAAAAUAAGGAAGAUGAAGAUGAAACAUUGACUUCCUGUAUGAAAUUAGCCAAAUCCCAAGAAAAGAAAGUUAAUAAUGUUAGUACAAGGAGGAAGAAAGAAAUGGAGAUUAGACUAGAUUCUAUUUCUGCGUCACUGGUUAGACCCAGUACUUCAACUGGAUGCAGCUUGGCCAAAAUAUUAUCCCACAGUGGAGGUGAAGUUCAGAUGUGGAACAGCUGGAAGCCUUUUCCAGAAAACCCACUGUGGACAUAUGUUGAUUUCCAAAUUGACCGGGUUGGACCCUGGGACAACUGUUUCCACUGCACUCACCACCCAGAUCUCAAGUCUUCUUGUACAGAUAUGGAUCUCCCACACUCAUGGCGCAGCAGCAGUUUUGGGAAUUUUGACCGUUUUCGGAAUAAUUCUGUAUCAAAACCAGAUGAUUCAACUGGGGUACAUGAAGGGGAACGCAUAAAUGAAAGUGGAGAACAAAACAAAACUUCAAAUAAUGGAGGAAGUUUAGGUAAAAAAAUGAGAGCUAUUUCCUGGACAAUGAAGAAAAAAGUGGGUAAAAAGUAUAUCAAAGCCCUUUCUGAAGAAAAGGAUGGGGAAGAUGGAGAGGAUGCCUUCCCUUAUCGGAACAGUGAUCCCACGAUUGGAACCCAUACAGAGAAGAGCUCCCUCAAAGCCAGUGACUCCAUGGACAGUCUCUACAGUGCGCGGAGCUCAUCAAGUGGAAUAACAAGCUGUUCAGACGGUACAAGUAACCGGGACAGCUUUCGACUCGACGAUGAUGGUCCCUACUCCGGACCAUUCUGUGGCCGUGCCCGCGUACAUACCAGUUUCACACCGAGCCCUUAUGACACUGACUCCCUCAAAAUCAAGAAAGGAGAUAUCAUAGACAUUAUCUGCAAAACGCCAAUGGGGAUGUGGACAGGAAUGUUGAACAAUAAGGUGGGAAACUUCAAAUUUAUUUAUGUGGAUGUCAUCUCAGAAGAAGAAGCAGCCCCCAAGAAAAUAAAGGCACACAGAAGGAGUGGAAAGGAAAAACCUAAGACUCUGCAGGAGUUCUUAGAGAGGAUUCACCUUCAGGAAUACACCUCAACACUUUUGCUCAAUGGUUACGAGACCCUAGAAGAUUUAAAGGAUAUAAAAGAGAGUCAUCUCAUUGAAUUAAACAUUAAAAACCCAGAAGAUAGGAUGAGGCUACUAUCAGCUGCUGAAAAUCUUCUUGAUGAAGAAACUAUUCAGGAGCAAGAAAAUGAAUCCGUGUCCCUAUCCUUAAGCCCAGACAUCUCCUUAAAUAAGUCACAGUUAGAUGACUGCCCAAGGGACUCUGGUUGUUAUAUCUCAUCAGAAAAUUCAGAUAAUGGUAAAGAAGAUCUGGAGUCUGAAAAUCUGUCCGACAUGGUACAGAAGAUUACUAUCACAGAGCCAAGCGACUGAAUACAUAUUAUCAACUUUACAUCUACAAAUGUGUUCUAUUUUAACUCUUCUUGAACUAUCAAUAAAAGAUCAAAAAGGAGAGGAAGGGAAGUUAUUUGCAGAUACAACCUGAAGUUAAAAUGUUUUAAUAGGAAUGAUUGUACAUAAAAGCUCAUAUCUCUAAUAUUCCCAAUUAUUGUAAAUAAUAUAUAUAUUUAUCAUUUUAAAUGCUACGUGUUAAAAUUUCACUUACCUGUAUCAGAAAAAGGAUAGCGUAAGUUUUUGGUAUGUGCGACAUAAGCCUUAUUUGGCUUUAUUUUAUAAGUGCAAAAUGAUUCUGCAAAAAAAAAAAAAAAAA